AUGGACGUAUCAUCUCAGAAUAACAUUCCGACUCGAGCGAAUCAGGCGAGUGGGCCUUUGGCGGUUGCACAGGAUGGCAAUGAACGGCGAUAUUCAGCCGUUUCCCCAUUGACGUCGCCGGCCCUGGAGGCUAUACAUGACAGCGGAAGCAGCUUCUGCGUAUCGCCGAUUGAAGAGUCAAAUAGCUUUCAUCGCCAGGAACAGAAGGCAUCUGCCAUGGGGUAUUUCGCGGAUGCUCAGUUGAAUGCGCUUUAUGUGGAUACUCCACCAUCUCCACCCGCAGUGCUUCCUAUGCCUCGCAAGAAGAAAAUCGUCGCAUUCGCAGCAGAGUCAGAGCAAAUUCCAACUGUCCUGGAAGACUUCUCACCAGCAUCUGAGGCACCGGUCCUCAUGCAACCAACUCAUGGAAUAGACACUGGCGCCCCUAACUACAGGGACUUCGAAUCUCACAAGGCGACUUCAGAGGAUCCUGCUUUGGAAAAGCCAGCAACUUUCUAUCAACCUGUUUCCCAGCAAUCAGCUUCCGACAGGCUAUUUACCCCACAACCAAUUUCCAAGAAACCAGCCCUCCGAGAACAAGACCGCCAGCAAACAAGUGGUGCACAAUCAACACCCUGGGAUCUCUACUCCGGCGAACCAACAACUCCGAUCGCUGGAAAGGCGGGUCAAGUCAACUCACCCGCCACUUUUCAUAAAUCGUCCGGGUCCGCAUCCAACAUUUUGAGCUGGGGGCGUGAGCAGCUUCAGCCCAUAAAGGAGUUUGCCCAAUCCCGCAGUCGAAACAGCAGUUUCCACAAAAGCCAAAUCCCCGUGCCAACCAAAGCAAAUGACAGCAAACUAAAGAACGGUAGUCCUCGAUCGGGAUCACGUGUGAGUAGCAUGGAAGUACAUCCCAGACGCCCUAGCGCGAGCAACUCAGGUGUGCAGCUCUCUCACAUAGGGUUGGUUCCGACUACCGUAACAACCAUCACCGCCGGUGGUCCAAAGGCGUUGCCGCAAAGACCAGCGCCACGAGAUGCCUACAAGCAAUGGCGGGAACAGCGAGAUGCCAACCCAUUGCCAGAAAUCAAUACGGUAGCUGAUACCACGCUUUCCAAGCAACUUGAUUCCUUGUUUGGUGGCACCACUGUCUCAAAUCCCGGCAGUCCCAGUCCAGAUGAAAGCCUGAACAACAGUUCGAGAGAUAGUUUGCGAGAUAGUCCACAGGAAAGCCCCAAAUACAUCCCAAGUGGCCAACCCAACUUCGUAGAAGAUUCACCCUCUAUCAUGUCACGCCGGCGCCCAAUCCCCAAUGCCAUGCUAGUGUCGAGGAAACCAGUUCGGAAACCCGCUCCAACAGAGGCUAUCCAAGAGUCAGAUCCAGUGGCUCAGCCCCAUGUGGACCAAUCAAGCAAGCCUAUGGAUCGCAUCCUGGCUCUGGAAGCCAAACGAGAUGGACUCGCACGCCGUCGGAUCAAUUUAGAAACGGUGAUCAAAGAGUUGACUCGAGUCAUUCAACCUGACAAUGGUGUAUAUGAUCUUGCCGCCAAACAAGAGGUGAAGAGGAGCGUUCAGAGCAUCGAGAAUGAUAUUGCCGAAAUCAAAAGAGAGGAACAUGAGCUGGGAUUGAAAGCGGCUCGGUCGUGGAGACGAUUGGAUGAGAACGGUCAUGGAGAUGGUAGUACUUUGUGGGUGAAGCGUAUCACCAGCUAA